AAAAGAGAAUGCCAAACUGGUUCAAGCUGCAGGCGACAGAUGGGCGGAAGAAUCAACGAACAGAACCGAAAAAGCUACUAUAAAUGGUUGAUUUUUCGGGGGUCUAAAUCAUAACUUCAACAGCAUUCAAUCUACUAACAAGUGCAAACACAUAACCUCAAAACAAUAAUCAUGAAGUGCAUCGCAGCUGUAGUCAUGAUGGCCCUCGCCGUGGUUGUUGCCGAAGCUUCCUAUGCUCCUGCCGUCUAUGCCAAUCAUUACGGAUAUGCUGCUGCUCCGAUUGUGACCUACGCCGCUCAUAACACUUGGGAUAGCGCUCCGGUACCGGUGGCCUACAAUAGCUGGAAUGCUGUUCCAUACAACGGCUGGAAUUCGCACUACGCUCCUGCUGCCGUGGCUUAUCACGGUGCCGUUGUUGCUCCGGUUCCGUAUUCCGCUUCGUAUGUCGCUGCUAACCGAGGUGCCGUCCACAAGGCACCACUUCCUGGCCAUAUCAUCAACCAGAAGUCUCUGAAUUUGGCCCCAGCACCCGGAACCUGGUGAAACCUGAAAAAAUAAGUUAAUUGAAUAGAUUUUAUUCAUCUGAAAGAUUCAAUUUUUCUAUUGAAUAAAUAUGAAUUACCGUGGAA